AUGGCUCCAGAUUGCGCGUCGCCACUCUCCGAUCUUCGUCUCGACGACGACAGCGACGCCGCGCAGCCUGCGACGACACCGUCCAGCGACGCCGUGUUUCCGGAAUGCACGGCGCGCCUCGAUGAUUACUUCUCAAUCUGCGACGAGCCAAUCGGUUCCGGCCAUUUCGGCGUCGUUCGCCGGUGCGUGAACAGGGCAACAGGCGAGGUGCUUGCGUGCAAGACGAUUCUGAAGGAUCGACUGCUCACGGAAUCAGCGAGGGAGGACGUGCGGCGCGAAGUGGCGAUAAUGCAGACCGUCGCGGGACACCCGGGCGUGGUGCAGCUUCGAACGGUUUUCGAAGAUGAAUCAGAGAUUCAUCUCGUCAUGGAACUGUGCGAAGGCGGGGAAUUGUUCGACGAAGUCGUGCGGCGAAAGAGGUUACCAGAGAAAGAGGCGGCGCUGAUAUUCCGUCAGAUCGUAUCGGCCGUCGCGUUCUGCCAUUCCCGCGGCAUUGUGCAUCGCGAUCUGAAGCCGGAAAACAUUCUCCUUCACCGGAGACAACCGACACCAACCGGGACUUUGCCGACACGCCCUCAGAACCCCCCACAGCUGUUCGCGAAAGUCGCGGAUUUCGGCCUUGCGGUGCAGGUCGAUCGGGAAACCAGGGCGUGCGGCAUUGCCGGUUCCCCAUUCUACAUCGCACCGGAAGUGCUGAGCGGCGAAUAUGGGGCGGAGGCGGAUGUGUGGUCGCUGGGCGUGGUGCUGUACGUGCUGCUGAGCGGCAGCCCGCCGUUUUGGGGCGCUGACGACAACGGCGUGUUCCGCGCCGUGCUGGAGGCGCCGCUGGACCUGACGAGCGGCGCGUGGGCGGGGGUGUCGGCGGAGGCUAAGGGGCUACUCCGCUGCAUGCUGCACCGCGACCCGCGCCGACGCCCUUCCGCCGCCAAGCUGCUCUCCCACCCCUGGAUCCUCGUCCACGCCUUCGGCGGCCGCGUCGUGCGCAAGAUUGUGUCGCGGCAGGUUAUGGCAUCUGCGGUUGCGGGUUCAGCUGGAAUGACUCAGAAGAGCCAAGUGACUGGCGGAGCAGCGAGGGAGGACGGAGUCGCGACUCUGCCUGUCUUGAAAAUGUCAGCAUAA